CAAUAUUUCGAUGGGAAUUCUUGUGAAUGAUUUGAGUAUAUAUAAAUUUGUCAUUAUUCACCUGAUUACUUUUUACACGAAAUCAACAGAAAAAAAUUCCCUAAAUGUUUAUCAGUUCGCUCACUGAUUCUUCAUAUUGCCAUUAUUCUACUACAACUCAUGGUAGUGAAAACGAUGAGAAUAUCAAAGCUAAAGAAUUAUUUAUUCAUUUAAACAAAAUAAUUUAUUGGAUUAGAGCAAAAUAUAAUACUGGACAAAUGAGCAAUACCUUAUUAGGUCUUUCAUUAAUAAAGUUAAGCUUACCGCCCAGUAGUUUGAGAAAAUUGUUAGACAAUUCCACUAUGGUCCCAAUGAACACUUCUCUGGUACCAGGGAUGGAGAACAAGCAUAACUACAAUCCAUGUAUUCUGGAAAAAAUUAAUAACGAUGACAAUGGAAAUUUUGGGGAUUCAAAGACCACAAAAAGACCUAUAUCUGCUACCAAUAACAGCAGUCAUAUAAGGGUAAAAAUAAAAAACCAUUUACUGCAUAAAAUAAUACAUAUUAUACUGUUAAGCUUCUUAUUCAAUCAAACUUUAUUAAGCAUCAAUAAAAAUAUCUGCGUAGAUGGGAUGCGUCUACCUGGAGCAGAUUUGGCUCUAUCACCAUCAUCACAGGAAUCGGAUUCACGAAGACUACCAUCGUAUUGGGUUGACUCACCUGUGGUGAAAUUGCUUAAAACUCAGAAAGAUUACUUGGAUGAUUCGUUGCAAUCCGAAAAUAAGAUCAAGCAUAGAAUAUCAUCAAUUUUUGAAGAUAAACAGGCUAUACAAGAUUUACUAAGUGAAAUGAAUGCAUAUUACUUAACCUAUGGUAGACCGAGAUAUGGAUAGAAGAUAAAGAAAAUGAAAAUACUGAUCAAGGAGAAUGCGAAAUAACUUCUUCAAAAAUAUAUCUGCAAUCUGUCAACGAAAUUUAAAAAAGUGGAAUAAAGUAUCUAUUUUAAA